AUGCUGCUCCUCCGCAGGCACCUCCUCCCUCUCCACCGCGCGGCUUCCUCGCUCCCUUCCCCCAUCUACCAACGCGCCUGGCUCCUCUCCACCUCCACCUCGGCCUCCACCGCCCCGUUCUCCCUCGAGGACUACCUCGUCGCCGCCUGCGGCCUCCACCCAGCUCAAGCCCUCAAGACGGCUAAGAAGGCGUUCGAUGAAGCAUCCAAACUUUGUAACAAGAAGGCAUUCGAGGAGCUAUGCUGGUCCCGCCUCAAAUCCACCUCCAACCCCGACGCCAUCCUCGCCCUGCUCUCCGGCGUCGGCCUCUCCAGCGCCGACAUCGCCGCAGUCGUCGUCGCGGACCCGUUGCUCCUGCGCGCCUCCCCCAAGAACAUUGGCCCCCGCCUUCAUGCUCUCCGCGACCGCCUCGGCCUGUCCAACCUCCAGAUCGCUCGCUUCCUCCUUGUAGGCUCACGCGCCCUCCGCAGCCGCGGCUGCGACGUCGUUCCAAGGCUCGAGUUUUUCAUCUCUCUAUUCGGUUCAUUUGAACAGCUCCUCGCGAUAUUGAAGAAGAGUGAUAGCAUUCUGCAGGCGGAUGUUGAAAGGGUUAUCAAUCCUAAUAUCGCGUUGCUUCGUCAGUGGGGCUUAAGUGUUCGAGAUAUUGCCCAGCUGUGUUCAAACAACUCGUGGGUGCUUACCUAUAGCCUGGAGCGCGUCAAGGAAUUCUUGCUGCGCGCGGAAGAGCUUGGGGUGCCCCGCAGCUCGCGAAGUUUCAAGUAUGCGGUGUCCGUCGUCUCAAAUAUCAACAAAGAAAAGGCUGCUUCCAAACUUAAGUUUUUGAAGAGUACUCUUGGUUGCUCUGAGAGUGAAGUUGCAAUUGCAGUGUCCAAGAUGCCAAGUAUUCUGCCAUUCUCUGAGGAGAUCCUUCUCCGCAAGAUUCAGUUCUUGAUCAAAGAGGUUGGAAUGAAACCUCAGCACAUUGUUGAAAGGCCUGUCCUGUUAGCACACAGCCUGGAGAAGCGACUAAUGCCCCGGCAUUGUGUCAUGAAGGUCCUGCAGGCAAAGGGAUUGCUGAGUAGUAAAAUGGGCUUUUACUCAUUCGCUCAAAUUGGAGAGAAGACUUUCAAAUUGAAGUACAUUGACUGUCACAAGGACUCUGUUCCUGGGCUUGCAGAUGCUUAUGCUGCAGCUAGUGCUGGUGUUGUGCCCUCUGGAAUCAAAUUUGAACAUCUUAAAAUAUUCCAAUCCUUUUUGUUCGAUGAUGCAAGUGCUACUCACGCUCAUUAG